AUGGCCAGUGCAGUCUGGAGCAAUAAAACGGCUACAGAAUUCAUUCUACUGGGAUUUGGGGAUCUCCCUGAGCUGCAAAUUCUUCUCUUUCUUCUUUUUUCAGUGAUCUACAUUUUGAGCAUGGUAGGGAACAUCCUCAUCAUUACACUCAUUGUAACUGAUCAGCACUUGCACACUCCCAUGUAUUUCUUCCUGGGGAACUUGUCCUGCUUGGAGACCUGCUACACCUCCACCAUCCUGCCCAGGCUGCUGGCCAGUCUCCUGACGGCAGUGAUAGAUCUCUCCUGCAGCGACACCCGUCUGAUAAAACUUUUGGGUGUUGUCCUGUCGGGUGUAUGUUCACUGCCCCCAUCUCUACUAACUGUAACAUCUUACAUUUGUAUCAUCACCUCCGUCCUGAGAAUCCCUUCCACCACUGGGCGGCAAAAGGCCUUUUCCAUCUGCUCCUCUCACCUCAUUGUGAUUACAACUUUCUAUGGGACCCUGAUCAUUGUUUAUCUCCUCCCCAAAACUAAGACACUACAAGACCUGAACAAAGUGUUCUCCAUCUUCUACACCAUUCUGACGCCCCUGCUCAAUCCAUUCAUCUACAGCCUGAGGAACAAGGAGGUAAAAAAGGCCCUAAGAAAAGCAGUCAGUAAAUUUACAGCUUUCACAAGAAUUUAG